AUGAGGCUGUCACUGCGCCUGCUACUGCUGCUGGGAGCCUGGGCCAUCGCAGGGGGCUUCAGGGACAGGGCCCCACUCACAGCCACAGCCCCACAGCUGGACGACGAGGAGAAGUACUCAGCUCAUAUGCCUGCUCACCUGCGGUGUGACUCCUGCAGGGCAGUGGUCUACCAGAUGUGGCAACAUUUGGCAAAGGCAGAGGCCAAGCUUCACACCCCAGGCUCAGGGGGACAGCGGCGGGAGCUGAGCGAGUCGGUAUACACAGACGUCCUGGACCAGAGCUGCACCCAGACCUGGCAGGGCUAUGGGGUCCGAGAAGUGAACCAGGUGAAACGUCUCACAGGCCCAGGACUCAGCAAGGGGCCAGAGCCAAGCAUCAGCGUGAUGAUCACAGGGGGCCCCUGGCCCACCAGGCUCUCCACGACAUGUUUGCACUACCUGGGGGAGUUUGGAGAAGACCAGAUCUACGAAGCCCACCAACAAGGCCGAGGGGCUCUGGAGGCAUUGCUGUGUGGAGGACCCCAAGGGGCCUGCUCGGAAGAGGCGACUGUCACAAGGACAGAGCUCUAG